AUGGAGCCGGCCCGGGAGCCCCCUGCGAGGGCCCGGCCGCCGCCGCGUGCCGCGCGCCCACGGCCCGCCCCCACCGCCCCCGCCGCCCCCGCCGCCCCCGCCGCCCCCAGGCCUCGCUCGCCCGCAGAGGCUGAGGCCCGCGGCCCCGAGGGGCUGCUGCGGCGAUCCGGGUCGGGCUACGAGGGCAGCACCAGCUGGAAGGCGGCCUUGGAGGACACCACCACACGUCUCCUGCUGGGUGCCAUCGCGGUCCUUCUGUUCGCCAUCUUGGUGGUGAUGAGCAUCUUGGCUUCCAAGGGCUGCAUCAAGUGUGAAGCGCCCUGCCCAGAGGACUGGCUGCUCUACGGAAGAAAGUGUUACUUCUUUUCUGAGGAACCCAGAGACUGGAACACAGGCAGGCAGUACUGCCACACCCACGAGGCAGUGCUGGCUGUGAUUCAGAGCCAGAAGGAGCUGGAAUUUAUGUUCAAGUUCACGCGGAGGGAGCCCUGGAUUGGACUACGCAGAGUUGGGGACGAAUUCCACUGGGUCAACGGGGACCCGUUUGAUCCAGACACGUUCACCAUCGCAGGUCCAGGGGAGUGUGUCUUCGUGGAGCCCACCAGGCUGGUGUCGACGGAGUGUCUGAUGACCCGGCCCUGGGUGUGCAGCAAGAUGGCCUAUACGUGAGGUGGGUGGGGCCAGAGGUGGCCCCUCCCCCCAAGCCUGUGGGAGGUGUCUGCCCGAGACCUGCUCCAGCGGAGCCGCCUGCCCUCUGCAAGACCAAGCAGUGGGGUGGGUGGCCUCUGCCCCAGGCCCCUCUCCCAGGCCCUGGCGCUCUGAGUCCCUGGUUCCUGGCCUCCUUUGUCUCCAGGCAGGUCGUGUGGCUCAGCAGUUAAAUCCCAUAUGCUAAGUAGUGUAGGCAUCUGCCCACCUACGCACACACACACGCAUACGCACACGCACGCGCACACACAGACGCAUACGCACACGCACGCAC